UUCCCGUAUUUCUGAAUACAAACUUAAUAGUUUUGUUUCUUUCAGGGCAUAUUUGUUGAUUCGGCUUUAACGGUUGCAUUCUCAAUCCUAUGUUUGAUCCUCUCUCACCAGCCUCGAGUGAAGCAACAACAUACUAUAAUCGAUUCUCUUUCUGAAUGGAAAAGAGAUUGGAAUCGGAUUUUGCUUGAGUUUAAUUAAAUUAAUCAGAUACGCAUGAUUAAUAUUGGUGGGCCUUGAAAUAAAAGGCCCAAUAAGGAGCGUUAAAGUUGUGUGUUUUUGAACGCGAGGGGCUCAUUAAUUGAAGUUUGUUUUCGUCGAUUUUAACGGUCCGUCAAGUUUGUUUAACGGAAAUCUUUCACGUGGCCGUCUCCGUUAGCUCUAACUGAAUUAUGGCGCCAAAAGUUUUGAAAAGGCAGAUGAUGACACGUGGACUCGCCUCAAUCUGACGGUGAGUUUUGAAGAGAUCUCAGGGGUAAAUUCGUCCUAAAGAAUUUACGCGUCAUCUUAAAGCCGUUUUGUUAUAUACCAAAUUGCAAAAUUAGAAUCUUUCUCCUUCCCCGCCUCUGUGUUUCUCUCACUUUUCUCCGAUCGUAGCUCUACUAAUUUCCGGUGAUCUUCUUCCGAUUCUUCAACCCAGAGCUUUUGAUCGUAUCUCUACUAUUUCCGGCGCUCUUGAUACUGUUCUUGUUGUCUCACUUCAAUCCGGAGCUUUCCAAAACGGAGAUGUCAGAUCAAGGGACUGAUCUAUCGUGGACAACAUCUGAACUCAAAACUCAACCUAAUUCACCUACUAAUGGCGAUCAAGAUGGUGUUGAAGUUAACCCCCAUAGAGCUUUGUUGGAAUUUACCCUUUUUGAACUAAACCAAGCUGUCACACAUGCAUCUGCGUCAUCUGAUUGGGCUGAUGCAGCUGUUUUGAGUCCAAGUGAAUACAUUUUAAUCGAUGACCAACAAAAUCUCCAGCUUGAAACUCAAGAUAGAUUAGCUUUGAUUGCUGUGAUGGCCAAGGUGGCAGCUGCUGCCGCCAAACUCGCAGCUAGUGCUGCAUUGCAGGCAAAACUAUUCGCUGAAGAUGCAAUCCCCAAGUCAGAUGACAUUUUCAAAUCAGCGAAAUUAGCCACUGAAGCUAUUUCACUAGCUGGAAUUUUCGUUUCAACAUGUUGUGUCAAUAAACUGGUGGAGGCGGAAGAAUCUCUGAAGAGGUUAACAGUAGAUGCACUAGUUCCUGAUGCCAAGUUGAAGGAUAUGGGAGACACUAGUUUGGCUGAAGGUCCAGUUGUGCCCGCAACUAUCUUAUCUGAGGUCAAGAAAGAGAUGAAGCCGUCUGAUGUCAAUGCAUGUGAUAGAGCUGAGGACUGCAAAAGCUCAAAAAUCCAGCUUGAAAACAUGUCAAAAUCUCAGCCUGGCUCUAAAACAGAGAAAGCAGAUCAAAUCGUUGCUGAUACCAAGUUUAAGGAUGUCGGAGACACGAGUUUGCCUGAUGGAGGUCCAGUUGAGCCGGCAACUCCAUUAUCUGAGGUCAAGCAAGAGCCAUACAACCUUCCUUCUCCUUAUGAAUGGACCACCUGCGAUAUGAACUCUGAUGAUAUGUGCUCAGCGGUGUACAACUUUCUCAAGGAACAGUUUCCUGAUAAGAGAUAUUUGUUCCAGGAAAAUUAUUCCAGGGAGUUUCUAAGGUGGGCAUUGUGUCCACCUGGUUAUCACCAGAGCUGGCAUAUUGGAGUCCGUGCCAAGAACUCGACGAAACUCGCUGCUUUUAUCAGUGGCGUGCCAGAAAGAAUUAGGGUGCAUGAUAAGGUUGUUGAAAUUGCAAAGAUCACUCUCUUUUGUAUUCACAAAAAGCUCAGGUCUAAGAAGGUGCUUCCUACUGUCAUGAUCAAGGAAGUGACUAGAAGGGUUCACUUGCAGAAUAUAUGGCAAGCGGCUUAUAGCUUACCUGCUAAACGUGCUACACCAUUAAUCACUUGUCAAUACUGUAGAAUGUUGAACCCGAUGAAGCUAAUGGAUGUUAGGUUUUCAUGUGCUCUUGACAACACAACGGCAAAGAGACUGACAGUCAAACUUUACAAUUUACCAGAUGCAACAAUCACUCCUGGAUUUAGGAAAAUGGAACAACGUGAUGUCCCUGCUGUUACAGGUUUGCUCAGGAACUACCUAAGCCAGUUUGGAGUUGCGACUGACUUUGAUGAAAACGAUAUUGAGCACUGGUUUCUCCCAAGAGAACAUGUCAUCUACAGUUACGUAGUAGAAACUCAUGACGUGAUCACUGACUUGUGCAGCUUCUACGCUGUCCAGUUAACUAUCGACGACAAUAACCCCAAGCACGAAACAGUGGAAUGUGCUUAUUCUUACUACAAUGUGGCAACACAGACCUCGUUACUCCAGCUGAUGAAAGAUGCGCUAAUCGUCUCUAAGAAAGAAGGUUUUGAUGUUUUCUACGCUUUGGAUGUGAUGCACAAUGAGUCUUUCUUGAAAGACUUGAAGUUUAAACUUGACGAUUCACAGAUGCACUACUAUCUCUACAACUACCGCUUAAGAAGUGCAUUGAAGCCAUCAGAGUUUGGGAUUGUCUUCUGAGUACAUUGAAACCAGCUGAUGAAUGAUGCGUUGUUCGUCUGAUACACAAUGAGAGUUAAAGACUUGAAGCCAUCAGAACUUGGGUUUGUUCUCUAGUAAACUGUUCUUUUCUACUACUGUUAAAACUGUUACUGCUUGAUCCCGAAUGUAAGUAAACAAUCAUUAAACCAA